AUGUCAGAAAACGUGGCACCUGCUGGUAAAGUGAAAUUUGCUUUUUUCAAACGUUUGCGGGCUAAUUUCGAACGUGUUUUGUAUGAAGCACAAGUCCCGAGGAAUGGCUUACUCCCACAAAUCUUGUUUGGUGCUGCAAUGUACGCCGUAAUUUAUAAUAGUGUUGUGUAUUACAUCAAAGGUCCAGAACAUCCAAUCAACAACUUUAGGUAAGCUUUUUUAUAUUUUUUUUUUUGCAUUUUAGGUUAUGAAACGGAAUUUUUGUAUAUCACAAUGCGCUGCAGUGGAAAAUACAGAGCUAAAUCAAAAAAUGUGCACAAUUGUUUUCGAUGGUAUAAGUAAACUUCACACCAAUUCAUAGCUAAAUUAAACCGUUUCUUUGCAACUUUAAUAAUGUUGUUUUAGGUACCAUCAAUGGGAAAGUGAAGGUAAACUUCCUGCAGAUGUGAAGGAAAAAGCUGAUAUUAUCAGUAAUGCGACACAAAAGAAUGUAGAUUCGAUUCGUGAGCAUGUUUUCUUCUGGCAAACGCAAGCUGAUGACGCGUUUGAUGAAAGGAGGCCGCCCUACCCAAAGUUUUAA